AUGAUUCGAGAAAUCAGGCAGGAGGAAAUACCUCAAAGGCCAAAAUAUGGUCUUACAUUUCUUGUCUUAAACUCCAAUAUAAGGUUCGAGAAGACCCAUGUCUUUAAGAUUCUUCACUUAGAACAGCUGAAUGUGUUUCAUCAAAGGUUGUAUCACAAACUUGCAUCAGUGGUUGAUAUGGUUGCAGCGUCAUUGAACAAAGAGCACAACCUUUCCACUUUGAGCUUAUACCCUGUCACAGAUAUUGUUGGCAUCUCCUGGUUUGUUGCCGACUACUUCCCUUGUUUGUUUUAUGACUAUGAUAAUUUGAAUACACUGAAAUCAGAAUCUAUACUACUUAGGAAGGACGACAGUGCUCGCGAAGCAAGCUUGUCCUAA